CGCGCACGCGCAAGAGGGCGGAGCCGUCUCAGGGCCCGUCCCCGGCGUCCCCAGCGCGCAGUCCCGUCCCGAGUGCGCGUGCGCAGGGGUUGCCUUGGCGACCGGGAAAGCGUUGAGCUGCAAUAACUGGAGCGCCUGGCGAGAAAGGAAAGCGGGGAGUCUCCGGCUGGACUGGGGACGGCAGCAACGUCCGCCGCGGAACUGGGCUCCCCACAGCUGCGGGGCGUUCGGUGGCGCAGAAGUGAACAUGCACCCUGAGCCCUCGGAGCCUGAGGCGGAUGGGGCAGCAAAGCUGGACUGCACGCAGGAGCCCGGCGUGGAGGAGUCUGCGGGUGACCAUGCGAGCGCAGGCCUAGGGGGCUGCUGCAAGGAAGAAAUUAAUGAACCUAAGGAAACAUGUGUGGGUUCUUCUGACACAUCCUCCCAAAGCCAGCAGAAACAGAGUGGUGAUAACGGGUCAGAUGGUCACUUCCCGCACCCAAGAGAAGACAGGGAAGAUCGGGGCUCCAGAAUGACUAAAAGUUCCCUGCAAAAACUCUGCAAGCAGCACAAGCUUUAUAUGACCCCAGCAUUGAAUGAUACACUGUAUUUACACUUUAAAGGUUUCGACUGCAUUGAGAACCUGGAAGAAUACACAGGGCUGCGCUGUCUCUGGCUGCAGUGCAAUGGAAUACGGAGAAUUGAAAACCUGGAGGCCCAAACUGAGCUGCGUUGCCUCUUCUUGCAAGUGAACUUGCUCCAUAAAAUCGAGAACCUGGAGCCUCUGCAGAAACUGGACGCUCUCAACCUCAGCAACAAUUACAUCAAGACCAUUGAACACCUCUCCUGCCUCCCAGCCCUGAAUACACUGCAGAUGGCCCACAAUCACCUGGAGACUGUGGAGGACAUUCAGCAUCUACGAGAGUGUUUGAGGCUUUGUGUCCUUGACCUUUCACACAACAAGCUGAGCGACCCGGAGAUCCUGAACGUUCUGGAAUGCAUGCCCGAUUUGCGUGUACUGAAUCUGAUGGGAAACCCGGUUAUCAGCCACAUUGCUAAUUACAGAAGGACCGUCACUGUGCGACUGAAGCACUUAACAUACCUGGACGAUAGACCAGUUUUUCCAAAGGACAGAGCUUGUGCAGAGGCCUGGGCCAGGGGAGGGUACACAGCUGAGAAGGAGGAGAGGCAGCAGUGGGAGAGCCGGGAGCAGAAGAAGAUCACAGACAGCAUUGAAGCCUUGGCCAUGAUCAAGCGGCGGGCGGAGGAGAGGAAAAGGCAGAGAGAGAGCCAAGAAAGAGGGGAGAUGCUGCCUUCAGAUGAUGGUGAGAACGUGCCCACCAGUGCUGAAGGCAAGGAAGAGCCUCCCAGGGACACAGAAACAAGGCAGAAGAUGGAGCUGUUUGUUAAGGAAUGCUUUGAGGCCAAGGAUAAACUCUACCCGGAAAGGUCAAGUGGAGGAGAGGAGCCACCUGUGGAGUCUGACGGAGAGGACGGAGAUGGAGAGCCAGAGGGGACCCUCCCAGCUGAGGCCCCACCACUCCUGCCACCUGUGGAGUCUAAAGGAGAGGGCAGAGAUGGAGAGCCAGAGGGGACCCUCCCAGCUGAGGACCCGCCACUCCUGCCACCUGUGGAGUCUAAAGGAGAGGACAGAGAUGGAGAGCCAGAGGGGACCCUCCCAGCUGAGGACCCGCCACUCCUGCCACCUGUGGAGUCUACAGGAGAGGACGGAGAUGGAGAGCCAGAGGGUACCCUCCCAGCUGAGGCCCCACCACCGCUGCCCCUCGGAGCUGCCAGGGAAGACCUGACUCACCAGGCUGUGGCCGCUGAGGGUGCGUUCCUUACAGAACUCGACGGGACGGGACCGGAAGGUGCAGACACCGUUAACCUGGAGACAAAGGAGACGUUCCGCAUUGACGACCUCCCUGACUUGGAAGAUGAUGAUGAAGUGGGAUCUCUGCAAGACCAGGCUAAGAUUAUGUGCUUUCCAAAGAUUGAGGUCAUCUCGAGCUUGAGUGAUGACAGUGACCCUGAACUGGACUACACAUCACUCCCCAUGCUGGAACACCUGUCUGCAGACACCCCGUCAAAUAUAUUCGCAGUCUCUAAAGACACCUCAAAGCAGGCUCAGGCACCCUUCACAGACCUCUUUAAAAAAGAAGCUAAGAGGGACACGGAAAUCCAAAAACAAGACGCCGAGUACCCACGACCCCUGAUCCAGGAGCUCAGUGACAAGGAGCCCUCUGGCCAACCAUGGAUGUCCCCAACCUGCCAAAGAGACGCUGCACCCCUCACUUCCAGUGGAGACGGGGCCAGCGACAGCAACUUCCUUGCAGCCUCUUCUCCAGGAACCAGCACGGAAAAGAAAGAAGUGCAGUCUGAGCUGCAGCCUGUGGAGCCUCGGGUCAGGGCAGGUCUGGAGGACGCUGAAUAAUUCGUUUUGUUUUGUUUGAGGCAGUCUCAUACUGUCACCUAGGCUGGAUUAUAGUGGCUCGAUCCCAGGAUCAAGCAAUUCUCUUGCCGCAGCCUCUGAAGUAGCUGGGAUUAUAGGCACCCACCAGGACACUGGCUAAUUUUUGCAUUUUUGUAGAGACAGGUUUCACCAUGUUGGGCAAGCUGGUCUCAAACUCCUGACCUCAGGUCAUGUGCCUGCCUCAGCCUCCCAAAGUGCUGGGAUUAAUAGUAUAAGCCACUGCACCUGGCUGAGGACACUGAAUUUGGACAGAACCCCAAGGCCACCCCCCAGUCCUUGGUGUCACAGUGACAGGGAGAAAGCACAGGUGACCCUUCCUUCCACAAGUGCCGGAGUUGCCCAGCCCAGCCCUUCCCUGUCCACGUGGGACAGUAGGUCGGUCCCAGUCCUCAAAGGAUACUUUCCCCUGGUUAUACAUAGCACGAAUGGUGUGAUUACAAAUGUCUCCUUUAGGCCUGACAAACACUUUAACACCCACACGAGUCAAUGUAUGAUUGGGCUAUCUCCUGUUGUGUGUGUCACAUGCAAUUCCUUUCAUCAGCCACCCUGACAAAAGACCUUUCUCUUAUUGUGUCACCAGAAAUGCAAUCAGACACACCCAGAUCCCUAUACAAUCUCAAGUGGGCAUUUUCUCUAAAGGAAAGCAGAAUCUUCCACUGCAGCUAAAGAAACUCAGAGGAACAGGGACUUGAUGCUUUAGACAUCAAAAUGAGAAGGGGAGAGAACAAAGAUAGGCAGGAGUCCAUGAGGCACAAUGGGGAAUUCUCCCAAACUGAGGUGACCGUGACUCUCCACUCACAAGGCAUUACCAAGAGCCCACAGGUGCCAGACCCAUGUCCCGAAGGAGAAGGAACAUCAGCCAUCUGUGCAUGAGCUCAGUUACUGUGAGGGGACACUGUCCAGCCUAAAACAUCUGACCAUUCCAAUUCAUGUCCAGCCGACAAGUUUAUUCAAUCCCUGAACUGGGAUCCAAGGUGUCUCCCCAUACAAAACAUCCCAUCUCAGGAGAGGCUGAAACACCCCAAACGGCAGCUGCUGACGGCCACUGUGCCCACCUCAUCAGCAGCUCUGCAGGGGCCUCACCAAACACAAGGAGGCAGCACUACUGCCCCCAUUUCACUGGAGGACAGAAGGCACGAGAACGGAGGGACCUGAGGCCACUUGUUGGAGUGCAGUGGAGCCCUGCCUGCCAGCACAGACUGGAAUCCAGCAACACAGGCCCACCAGUACCUCCCGAAGCUGCCUUUUGGAAUGAUUUCAGGUGAAUACAUAAAAUAGAAAAAACGAUUACAUUCUGUUGCCCUAUCCCUUCAA